AUGGACACGGGUGAAACAAUUGAUGCAUGGGAGAUGAUUUCAUUUGAAAUUUGCAAUAAAUCGACCAACGCUCAAAAACAAUACGAUGAAGAUUUAUCGAAAUUAGCCACCUAUGACCGUGAUAAACUUUAUGUGUUUUGGAAGAACGUGUUUGAUGAGGUACCUUCCCAAUUUGAACAAGUCCAACCAAAACUUGAAAAGAUACGAA